GUGAAGCUGAUUGACUACAUCCACAGACAGCGGCAGUGCAAGCUGAGCGUGCCCCUGAGCGACCGCACGGCAGAGCUCAACAGCUACCCGAGGUUCAAUGACUGGCUGGACAUUGUCAACGUCAGGAAGGAAGUUGUACAGAGAAUACCAGAGGAGCUAACCUUAGAUGCCUUACUAGAAAUGAAUGAGUCCAAGGUGAAAGAAACGAUGAAGAGAUGUGGUGCCAGAGAUGAGGAGUGCUCCAGGCUCAAUGGGGCCCUGAGCUGCUUACGGAAGGUGACUGCAUCAGGGGGGGAGUUAAAAGAUGACGUGCUGGUGACUCUUUCUGAGGCACGGCGAGAGAACAGCCCUGCGACCGCCGCGGAACCGCCCUGCUCGUGGGCACCUGCCGCCCUGCACCUCCCCAGGGGCAGCAGCCAGCAGCCACGCUCCGUCUCCGUAUCUACAAUCCCAUCUGCUGAUUCGCUUGCCUCAAGUCACGGACCUUCUAUCUAUGCAGAAAACCUCCUGGACCCUUUUGCAUUCCCCGCACACAGCGGAAGGUUAACGCCAAGGACUCCUCACAGCAUCACCAUCACUCCACCCACCACUCCGCAAGCCAAGAGGCGGCAUAAGUUGAAGCCACCACGGACUCCUCCUCCCCCUUGCCGGAAGGUUUUUCAGCUGCUACCGAACUUCCCAACCCUCACGAGGAGCAAGUCCCACGAAUCACAGUUGGGAAACAGGAUAGAUGAAGUCCCUCCAAUAAAGUUCGAGCUCUCCCAAGGAUCCCCUCAAACGGUACGAAGAGACUUUGGCUUGGCUGUCACACACAGGUUCUCUACAAAGUCUUGGUUAUCUCAGAUAUGCCAAGUCUGUCAGAAGAGCAUGAUGUUCGGGGUGAAGUGUAAAUACUGCAGAUUAAAAUGUCACAACAAAUGUACUAAAGAGGCACCUGCUUGUAGAAUAUCCUUUCUUCCCAUAACAAAAAUAAGAAGAACAGAGUCUGUCCCUUCUGAUAUCAACAAUCCAGUCGACAGACCAGCAGAACCCCAGUUUGGCACCCUUCCCAAAGCACUAACUAAAAAGGAGCAUCCACCAGCAAUAAAUCAUCUGGACUCUAGCAGUAAUCCUUCUUCUACAACCUCAUCCACACCGUCUUCUCCAGCACCUUUCCAGUCUUCCAACCCUCCCAGUGCAACACCUCCCCCAAACCCAUCUCCCAUGGGCCAGAGGGACGGACGGUUUAACUUCCCAGCUGCCUACUACAUUCAGCAUAGACAACAGUUUAUCUUCCCAGAAAUUCCCAGUCCUGCACAAACAGCACAGCCUCCAGAAACAGCUGCAGACACUAAUGCUGAUCAUCAGCCAGACACAGAUGGAGUUGAACGUGAAGCUGAGGCGGAAGAACCGGAGACUACUAAAUCAGAGCCUGAAGAUGAUGAGGACGAGGUGGAAGAUUUGCCAAACAGACGGCCACACUUGCAAGGGAUGAUUUAUCGCAAGCCUAGCCAGACCAGCGUCUACCUGCAAGAAUGGGACAUUCCCUUUGAACAGAUCGAACUGGGGGAUCCCAUCGGCCAGGGGCGGUGGGGGAAGGUGUACAAGGGCAAGUGGCACGGGGAAGUGGCCAUCCGGCUGCUGGAGAUAGACGGGAACAAUCAGGAUCACCUCAAGCUCUUCAAAAAGGAGGUGAUGAACUACAGACAGACCCGGCACGAGAAUGUGGUACUCUUCAUGGGAGCGUGCAUGAACCCUCCUCAUUUAGCAAUCAUUACCAGCUUCUGCAAAGGAAGAACACUCCACUCGUUUGUAAGGGACCCCAAGAUAUCCCUGGAUAUUAACAAAACCAGGCAGAUAGCACAGGAGAUCAUUAAGGGCAUGGGGUAUCUUCACGCAAAGGGCAUUGUGCAUAAGGAUCUGAAAUCCAAGAACGUUUUCUACGACAAUGGGAAAGUGGUGAUCACUGAUUUUGGAUUGUUUGGAAUUUCAGGUGUGGUUCAGGAAGGAAGGCGGGAGAACGAACUGAAGCUGCCUCAUGACUGGUUGUGCUACCUGGCCCCUGAAAUUGUUCGUGAGAUGGCCCCUGGGAAAGAUGAAGACAAGCUGCCCUUCUCCAAAGCUGCGGAUAUCUACGCCUUUGGGACUGUGUGGUAUGAGCUCCAAGCAAGAGAAUGGCCUUUCAAGAACCAGCCCGCAGAGGCGCUCAUCUGGCAGAUUGGGAGUGGUGAAGGAGUGAAACAAGUCCUUGCGACUGUUAGUUUGGGGAAAGAAGUCAACGAAAUCCUCUCAGCGUGCUGGUCAUUUGAUCUCAGCGAGAGACCCAGCUUCACGGUCCUCAUGGAUAUGCUGGAAAAACUGCCAAAACUGAACCGCCGGCUCUCCCACCCAGGGCAUUUCUGGAAGUCUGCUGAGUUGUAGCUACUGGUGCAAUAACGGGCUCCACCUUGCAUGCUUCCAUGUGUUGUAUCCUAACCGGCAACUUGGACAAUCACCUUCCAUUCAAAAAAGCAAAAACAAACCACGAAAUUAACCCAUGGACAUAAUCAACACUUUAUCUGAAUUCUCCUUUUCUGCCUUUUUCUGCUUGGUGUGGGCUGUUAGCUUGAAUAACAACUCCUGUCUGCAAGAAGUUCCUGUCUAACAGCGUGCCCAUCUUUGCUCCUGCAGCGGCUCGGUGGGCUCGGACCCUCCCAGCGCGGGGACGGGGCUGCGGGCGCCGCUCCUGCUGCCGGGGGCCGCUCCCAGCCGCGGGGUCGGGGCGUCUGGGGUGGAGGGAAGGGUGGUGCUGGCCCUGCCGGGGCUCAGCCGGGGCCUGCAGAAGAGGAGGAAGGCAAGAGCACCCUCCAGUUGUUGGUGUUCCUCCCCCCCUUGCAAAUCCAGUGCUUUGAACUUCACGAUUCGCUUCUGUUUACAUCCCCUGUUCAGCAAAAUGUCUGACGUAACGUUAGGGGCUUUGUGGAAUUGUAGGUAACACAGCAAAUAUGUGCCUUUCAGAAAAGGUCUUGUUUUCAUUCUUUACCAAUUCAUCAGUUUGAAAAAAUACCUUGUUUGGGAGGGGAGAGGGCAGGACCAGAGGGGAAUACGCACCAAGAGCCAGGGAGGUUUCUGCUGUCAGUGAGGACAAACCACCCCCCCAGUUCAUUCUCCCAGAAUCUCCUGCAAGAGCUGUUGGGGUCGCUGUGGCACCCGCGGGCGUGCGGGGGGAGACGCGGAGGCAAAAACGCUUCCAGCUCCGCAGAGUUUAAGGGUGAAGGAGAGACGUUACACGCUUACUACAGCCUCUAGAGAGAGGAGCAAGGGGGUUUGGGGUACUUUGAACCAACUGGUGUACCUUGUCAAAACACCCCUUUCUCUUAAAAAGAGAAUUCUGUAAGUAAAUUUUUUCCUUCCCUUCUACUCCAAAGAAACCCAGUGCCUGUUGAAAACAAGUGUUGGGCUUUACCUGCCUUAGGAACUUCGGGAAACCUCCUCUUUCUCCCAUUUGAGGCAAAUCAGAUUUGUGCUGUUUGUUUUCACUGAUGAGGUUCGCAUGAAUAAGUUCAUGUGUUUGCUGCUUCAUUAAGCCUCUUUUCUGGGUGAAGUUGUAUGAGAUCAGAAUCUAACCCAUUUUGGUUCCUUUUAUAGGGCUGUAGCUUUGUGAGAAAAAUUAAAAAUAAAUAACUCUUUCCCCCCUCCCUUCUCCUCUCCCUCCCCACUCUUUUCAGCAUUAACAGUAGCAAAGUUGUUCUGCGUUUUGAAAGAUUUGGCUUGGGAAUCCUGGAACCAAGUAAUCAAAAGCUAUAGCGUGGUGUGUGAUUGGCGUGUGCUCGUGUUGUCUGCCCGCUUACACAAAGCGUCAGAAACCUCCACUGAACCUCCCGAGCUCAAACUGGUGCAGCCCCCGCCGAAAGCCGCGCGACCGUCCGCUCAGUCCCGUGUCCUUGUAAAGUCUCAAUUCCGCCUGAGCACCAGCAAUUAUUUAAAGAAUGUUUACAUGAUACUUUUGUGUGAACUAUAUUUUUUUAAACAUAAUAAACGGUGAAUCGAGUUUAACUACAGCCAUUCUCAAAUAGCACUGAAAAAAAAAACAAACCUAUUUCUAGUUCCUCUUUGUGUCUGUGGUAAAUAGGAGCUAUCUCCUGCCUUCAGAGAAUUUGUUUUCCCCGAGAGAAGUGGAACAGGCUUGUUGCAGAGUGGAAAUGCUUCAGGUGCAAGGGCCCGAGUGCUCCCGAGUGCAGUUUUCUUUCGUUAAGGUAAAACCUCCGAUCUGUGGCGGUGACUUGCCCAGAGCGAGCGCUGAGCUCGGCAGGGUCGGGCAGGCGCCGGGUUAUGCUGGUACAGAUCAGCUCCCGGGAGCAGAGUGUCUGAGUGUGUGUCUCCCUUGAAGACUCAAGUGCUCUUCUACACAGAACUCACAGUAAAAGCUCUUGUUCUCAUACAAUCCUGUACGAAGCUUAAGCCUUGUUGCCCUUUAAAGAAACAAAGCCAUGACUUGCAGCUCUGUGCACAGGGGCCAAAUUCUUUGAAGAUUUAGGCACGACAAGUUCCGGUCCCCUAAACUAGUGCCAUUUCUGGAAACACAGUGCUGGCCAACCAGCCCCGACUCCUACUGCCCCAUCUCCAUUUCACUUGUAGAAGACAAGACCUUUUCCAGAGCUGCAGGGCGAGGCAGGAGAGGACAAGGGAAACGACCAUCCCUAAAAAGUGCUUUGAAUCAGGUCUGGAUGCACCGAGCUCCCUAAGAGACUCAGAGUCGUUCCCCACACAGAGUGCUGGCUCCUGCUGCUGGUCACAUUUAAGUUUGCAAGCUGUUUUUAAAAAUUAAGGACUAAAGCAGUUAUUCUGGGGAAAACUAAGAAUGACAGAAAUCUUGCAACUGGGAAAGUUGUAACUUGUUCUAGAGGACCCGACUCAGCCCAUCAGCUCAGCCCAGUUUCAGAGGUUAACUUGAAGACAACUCCCUCUCCCCGGGGACGAAUUGCCCGCAGCAGCCUUGGCAGAGGCUCCUUCCUGCCAGCUGGGCAGCGCGGGAGCCCCGCUACCCGUGAGCAUCCAGGGCCUUCGCUCGGUUACAGCUCCCUGGAAGUCGCCCAGUUCCAUUUCUCCAGCAGCACCAGGAGGUUGCACCCCCUACACCUUUCCCAAGGGUCUGACGAGAGGGUCGCGCUGGCGUCCCCUCAGGCAGAGGGACAGACCCACACUUUGGCUCCCUGCGGGUGCCUGAGCAACUUCUGUGGGGAAUUAAGGGGCAAAAAUCCUGCCCGAGUUCUGUUGAGCAGAGUGCUUCGCUCCUCCUGGGCGCAAGUCAGUUACAUUCUCUUAUAAAUAUUUUCAGAGUCACUUACAAAAUGCGUGUCAGACAGAAAAGCACAGCUGGGUUUGGUGGUAGCCAGGCGUGGCACUGCGGUACUCUUGACCUUCCUCUCCCCACCUUUAUAAAGCAAAUAAAUCCCCUCCCGCUCUACCACGUACUUAACCUACACCACUUGGUUCUCUUCAAGAUGCUACUGUUUGUUCUCUCACAAUAAUUUGGUGCGUCGGCAGUUUUAAGCAUAAGUAUUUUCCCCAGCAAGUCCUGCCUAAAGAACAGCACAGCACCCACCUAAGGCGGGGCGAAACGUGCUGCUGCCCACCGGUACCGUCACGCACCCGCGGCCAAAACGCACCUUGGAGGCAGCGGCUGCUGGGGGCGGGUCGUGGCCACGCAGCCGGCGGCUCCCCCCAGCCCUUCGCCCCCGGCUCUGGGGGCAGCAGCCUCGCUCCUCACCGCGCUCUCUAUUUCUGCCACCUGCGCGUCAGGCGGGUGCCAACCCCCCGGGCUCCGCGGGGCAGAGCUGGGGCCAGCGCUGGGGAAGCAAUGUAUCAAUCGAUUCCAGAUUAUUUUCUAAGAUGACGACUGGCUAGGAGAAGGACAGCCAGCACGGGAUGACCAGACAGAUUAAAACAAAAUAAUACAAAAAAACAACAAAAAAAACCUCAUUGCCAUUAUCCUUCCCCUGCCUGCCCUCGGCUGUGACACCAACACCGUCUGCCCAGCCCCGGCUCUGCCAGGGCCCCGGGUCCAGCACUUGCCUGGACCCUCCUGCCCCCGCGUGCUGCGCGUCAGAGCGUGCCGGGGAGACGCGUCCCAGCUGAGCGCUGCCCUGGGAGCAGGAGGGGCGGCAAAACCUGCUUUAAUCCCGAGAUUCGGGGUUCUAAUUCAGCCUGACCUUGGUUUUGUGUCUCACACUCGUAAACUGCUCUCAGAAGCAAAACGCAGCCCCUGGGCCCGGCCUAUCUGAGAGACUGAUGCCCGUCUCUGGGAUAAUUUUUGUUUUAAUCUGCUGGUGUAAGACGCGCGGCGUGGUGCGGCUGCCACGGGCGCGGAGCCCCCCGGCCCUCGGCAGGUGGCAAACAGAGCAGCAGGUGUCGGGGGCAUUGUCCCGUCCCCGGGGUGCGGGUGCCAGGGCGGGAGGGGCGGGAAGGCCGCGCCCCCCGAGUUGUAAAUGUGAAGCUGGCUGUACAAUGCUGCUACAAAGCCACACGUCAGUAGUGAAUGUAAAUGGAGUCUGUAAUACGGUGAAAAUGGACACGUUUUCUUUUCAAAUGUGAUGUAAACUUUGUACAGUAAAAAAAUUUUUUUUUAUAUUUUCUAUCAACUGAGUGUCUUCCAGAAUUGCUAUUAAAUUAAUUAAAAAUUGUUAGUAUUAACAACAGUUUCUGUAUUAGUUUAUGCAACCAGCAAAAAAAAAAAAAAAAAAAAAAAAAAAAAAAAAACACUCUAUGCUAAUGAAAUUCUGGAUAUGUAGGAAUCUUUUCAGUGAAUAAACCUUUGCUCUGGAUAAAGCAAGUGGCA